CAGCUACAUCCCUUUAUCGCUCCAACACCACCCACCGACCUUAACCCUUAUCCUUUCCAUCAAGUUUCUCGAUUGCAUCGAGUUUCUUGAUUCUUAUUCUAUUCCUUUCUCAAUUCACAGCGGUCUCGCAGUAGGGAUGCAAACAAGAGCGAGAGCUGGCAAGCUUCAAAAGCCAUCGCAGUUGCUGCAAUCGAGCGAGACGCUGGCUAGGGAUCCCCUUGCCAAAAACAUCGUAAUUUCCGACAAUUCUGCACAACGGCGGCCUGGUAUUUACGAUUUAGGCCCAAACAGUACUGAUGGCAUUCCCCCGCCGCCACUUCCGUCUCGGCGGACUAGGAAGGCCACCAGUAACGUUGAGUCCACCGAGCCUGUUGAGCCUGCUAGGCAACGCAAGGGCAAGUCAGCUGCGCCACGGCGCCAAUUGAAGGCCUCAGCCCCCCAGCUCCCUCCCACGGACUUGCUUUCUCGACAAAACCUCAAAACUGUCGAGCAUCAGGCUAGCCCUGACCCCGGUCAGGCCAUGCAGGCCCCCAGCAACCUCGACACCAUCGAGGUUGCCAGCUCUCCAUCGCCCCUGCAGGCAUCAACCGAUCUGCAAGGCCCAACACGGCAAUCGGGGAGUCCUAAGCCAAGCAAUGUCGAGCCUGCCGAAAUUCCCCGCGGAUCAACCAACCAGAGGGUGAACGUUGCAAACUCUGAACAAAUCGGGUUGAUUCGUGGCCUUGUGCGGGAGGUUGCGACCCUGGACGCUCCAAUCCUCGAGCGUAUCGAGGUUUGCAGCAGCACUUCUCCCUCGGCGUUGUCGGUUGACCAUGAGCCAUCAGGGCCUGGCAGCCCCUUGGCGGCCGGAGCAGCGCCGCUUGAUCGCGAAAACCUUGACAAUAUCGAGAAUUUGCGGCAAUCGGCCUCUUUCACAGCUGCGGCAGCUGCAGAGGAAAACGAGAUCUGUGCCGCCCCAGAGUCAUUAUCAGCGGGCGACUUCUCUAAAGACGUCGAAAACGACGAAGUUCAAAAGCCACCACCUCGGAAGCGCCGAACAAAACAACGUACAACGGUGACCUACCCGCGACGGCCGCUCCCUGAGCCUGCAGCUUCGCAGCUUCGAGCAAUCUGGCAGCAAAGAUGGGGUGAGAAGCCCAACAUCGUCACAAGUGAGGAUAAGCUUCGGUAAAGUCCUGUUCUGCGAUGUUCCAUACCAGUUGUUCGGCACUGAUAAGCUUCCAGCGUUGAAUUCUGGGGAAAUGGAGACUCUAAACCCCGUUGUUAUAGUUGUCGGAAAGGCUUGUGUGUAAGUCUCUAGGCUGUCGUUGCAUACGACUUUCUUUAAGCUAAUUGUCAUCUUUAGCAAAUGUUGCCUGAUGAA